AUGAGUGAUCUGGUAUCGGGACUCCAGACGAACCCGGUCUUGAUGGCCGGGUUCAUCGUCGUCUUGGUCUUCUUCCCCUUGAGCUUCCUCGUCACCGGCAUGCGGUUCUGGGCGACCAAAUUGGCCAAGAGGAGUCUCGCCGCCGAGGAUUGGUUCGCUCUGGGAGCGCUGAUCGCCUUUAUUCUCUGGGUCAUCUUCCUUGCUAUGAUGGCCAUGAACGUGAAACCAGACCCUACAUACGAAGAUAAUGCUGCAUCUAACAGGAUGCUUUGGGCCUCGACUCUCACGUUCCCCAUCAAUCAAUUGUGCUCCAAACUGAGCAUUCUCCUCCUCUACCAACGUAUUUUCGGCAUCAAUCCGACAUACUCUCUGUGGAUCAAGAUCAUCGCUGUCAUUCAAAUCCUGCACACGAUCGAGAAUAUUUUCGUCGACAUCUUCACCUGCGUCCCCGUCCAAAAGUUCUGGCGGCCCGAUCUCGAAGGCCGAUGCAUAGAAUACGUUCCCUUCCUGGCCGUCAACGAAUCUGUCAACUCUCUCAUCGAUUUCGUCAUGGCAAUCCAGGCUGUCGUUAUGCUGCGCAGCCUUAAAACAGCUCGUAGAACCAAGUGGCAACUAUCCGUAAUCUUUGCGAUUGGAGGCUUGGCGGGUGUGAUUGGGUUCGUCAAGAUCGGCGUUUCUGUCGCGAAUGGCGUCGCCGUCGAAAAUCAAUAUCUCAUGGGCGUGUGGGCGACAGUCCAGAUGGCAUUGUCCAUUUUCUGCUGCUGCGUCGUCACCUUCAGGCCAAUCACGCUCAAAUUCGGCCAGAUGACCCGGAAGCUCACCUCCAAAGCAACCUCCACCAAUCUCACUACCAAGAAGAGCAUGGGAACAGGUCAAUUAUCGACAAGCGCAACGCGGACCAAUCAGUCAGACGCAUGGAUCAACUUGGAGAGCGGCCGAGGGGGAGCUACGCACCAUCCCCCCUACUACAACCGCGAGGACAAUUCGGACGACUUCCCCCACCACAUUAAGAAUUAUCAAUUUGGGUGGCCUAAACCAGAAAAUGGUAGAUGA